CGCAAAUGAUGACAGUUCAUCAUUGAACUGUCAAAAUUCGUGAAAUGGAACGUAUCUUUCGACUGAAUCGGUUUUCUUGAUCAAUUUUAUUUUCAAUGACUUGUGUAAUUUGAUGACGGACAAUACAUGUAAAUUGUUAUUCGCAAGCUACCGUCGUGCGUAAACCUGCCGUGCUCAUGAUCUACGUCAGUGAGGGUCGAACAUAUUGGCUGAUGACUUGGUAGUUUUUGGUAUUGUAAAUCGGUGAUAAUGAUUCAAGACGACGAGUUCGAGGUCCUGGUAACAUGUCCGGAGCGGGCACGGGAGCUGGGUUUCAAGCCACAGAUGGAAAUAGUGACGAACCGGCUGCUGCCAUAUGCUUCCGAACUGGACGAGGAGUCCAAGAUAUUCUUGGAGCAGGUGAAGACGAACCUGGGGCGUGCAGUCCUGCUGCGCGAGAUGAAGCCCGGCUGCGGCGUAUGGUCCUCCAGACUCAUGAAAUUUAUAAGAAUAUAUGGCAUGAAAUUCAGCAAAGAAGAUCACAUAGCGUUCAUAAAAUUAGCGUACGAACUUGCGCUUGUUCCGGAUUUAGAGCCAUGCAAAGUUCACAAACUCGCCACUUUAUUCCUGAUGCUCACUAAGAAAAGACAUUUGAUUUCGCCGGAGGAGCUGACGUUGCCUUGGCGGCCGCUCUAUGAGCUAGGAAAGAAAAUAUUCGACAAGAGCGCCACACAUAUCGGCAUGUAUCAUUAUAACACGCUGAAACCCUCUUGCCCGCAAGGCCAGGGGAGCGCCAACAUGCUAGACUUGGUGCGCAAGUUCCUGUCGGGGGACGGUCUGGAAGACGCCAUGCACUUGCUGGGCAUGGCAGGACCCAGCGAAGAUGAAUUGCCGACGUCUCUGGAAGGAUCGUACAUGUCGAUGGUCAAGAGUGCAAGACCAUAUUUCGAGCUAUCAGCAACCAAAGAGAUCCUAGCAGAGUUUCUGCCGCAAGUGUGCCCGUGGUCCAACGACACUCAGACCCUGGUGCACCUAGCAGUGUUCCUGCCAGUCGCCCUGCGUCCGCAACAUGCCGAACACGGUCAUCUGUUGUGGUUCGACGAGCUCAUGACGCUAUGGGAUACCUGCUACAACGCGCAAUGUGGUGUUUCGGACGUGAUGACGAUCUUCGCGGGCCUGGCGAAGCGCAACCCGGGCGCGGUAGACUGGACGCCGCACGUGCCCAAGAUGUUCAUGCGGUUCCUGCACGCGCUCAACCUGCCCGUCAGCUAUAAGGACAUGCAGUUCUCCAAGAACUACUCACUAUAUACAAAGCACAUAGCAGCAUGGAUAGUAUGGAGCAUACGACCAGACGGCGUGGUACUAGGGCACCUUCGCAGCUUCCUAGCCGGAGUCGAGAGCUACCUCCACAGUGCAAACCAGGGACGUUGGUCCUUCAAACUUAGGGACCUUUUGCGGAAACUUGCGAGAGAGUUUCUUGUCAGAGUUCGUCGAGAACGCGAGAAGCGUUUCAAAAAGAGCUGGGAAAACCAGACACCGGAGGAGUACAAGCUGAGAGACGAGGACAUCACAGAACUGGUGAAUAUCUUGCUGGAGCCGACGCUGGCGGGACUGUACUCGCGCACCGGGUCGCUGGACAUCUCGUCGGCGCUGCACGACCUGGCCACGCUGCGGCCCGCCGCCGUGGUGCCGCCGCUCGUGGAGAAGCUGCAGGUGGCGCUCACGUCGCUCACGGAGCCGCACCGCGUCACCGCCGCCAUGACCGCCGUGGCGGCCGUGGCGCGCCCGCUGCUGCGCGGCGCCGACGCCGGCUACCCUGCCGGGCCCACGCACGUCGUGCCGCUGUUGCUGGCCGUGCUGCCCGGCCUCGACCCCAACGACCUUAAGAAAACCCUCGUCACCCUCCACUUCAUACUCAUCUUCGCCUGGAUGGUUCCCAUCGUCGACUGCAGCUCCGCCGCCGACCACUGGCCGGACCUCACCGAGGAGGAGCUCCUCACCUGCGAGUCCACCGCCGGCUUCGAGGACUUCGUGCUCGUUUUCCUCGAGCGGCUGUUCGGCAUCAUCGAGUCGAGCACACUCGAAAACGUACGGCUGGACACUAAGGAUUCGGACUGGGGCCGCAGCAAGACGGACGCGGUGGUGGAGGCGGCGAUCUCGUCGGCCGCCACCGCCGUGCUGAUGCAGUGCUCGCCGAAGAUCUUCGCGGAAGCGCUCCGCAAGUUCCGCGCGUUCGCGACCGAGUCGACGUUCGAGACGAGCGUGGCGGGCAGCAUGGUGGGCGUGCUGCUGCGCGUGUUCGCGCGCGUGGAGCCGGCCGCGACGCUGGCGGCCGUGGUGCCGGCGCUGUGCAGCCAGCUGGCCGAGCUGCUGGCGCCCGACGACGCGCUGCGCGACGAGAACCCGCCGCGCGACCUGCUGUACCGGCUCGUGCUGCUGCUGCACGUGGUCAAGUGCGACGGCGCCGCGCUGCUGCCCUACGUGCCGCUGAUCACGCCCGUGCUCGACCGCGCGCUGCGUCUCCACGCCAACUACGCCAUCACCCGCGCUGCCACCAUUCUGAGUCACAUCUUCUCUUCCCUCUGCGCCGUCGAUCUGAAAGAAUGGAGGAGCUCCCCGAAGGACUACGCGAGCGCCCCGGUGGACUGGCUGCCGGUGCGGGAGUGGGGCCACGGCUGCCUGCUGAAGGAGGCCGACUUCAAGUGGCACAUACCUGGCGAAGAAGAGGCAGAGUGCGCGCAGAUGCUCGUCGACCGGUACCUGAAGCCGGAGCUGACCCGGCUGCGGCAGUGGCUGGCCGGCGAGCGCGAUAUGUGCCGCGAGCGACGCCUGCGCAGCUUGUACAUCAUCAACGCAGUAUUGUCGGCGAGCAACUUCCUGCCACCCCCGGACGAGGCGCCGGCGCCGCUCAUGGAGUCUGUCGCGCCCGCCACCGAGAUCCCGCUGACGAGCGGCGUGCGCCACCACGUGACGCUGGACGGGGACAACGUGCGCCGGGAACUGACGCACCUGCUGGGCGAGGUGCAGGCGCGCCUGCUGGCCGAGCGCAGCGACGACACGCGCGGCCUGGAGAUGCUGGUGCAGGUGUGGGAGCGCGUAGUGGCGCUGAAGGGGCAGCGCGUGGGCGGUGGGCCAGGGCUGGAGGCGCGGCUGCGCUCGUACGGCGCGCUGGAGCGGGCGCUGGACGGCCACGGGGGCGCCGCCCGCGCCGCGGCCGCGCCGGCGCGGCUGCGCUCGCUGCUGGCCGACGCGGCGCGCCUGCAGGACGAGGCGCGCUACGACCUGGUGUGCGACGCGGGCAUCGCGCCCACGGCGCUGGCCGCGCUGCACGCGCUGCUGGACCUGGCGCUGCACACGUACAGCUCGGUGCGGCUGCAGGCGCAGGCGCGCCUCUACUGGAUGCUGGCGCACUACCCGUACUCGUACCGCGCGCUGGUGCCGCGCCUGGCCGCGCUGCUGGCGGCGGGCGGCGAGGGCGACGAGUGGCACGCGCGGCACAAGGGCGCGCUCUACGUCAUGCUGGGCCCGCGCACCGGCCCGCUGGUGGCCAAGCAGGACUGGGAGACGGCGCGUACGCUGUGGCCGGCGAUCCUCAACGCGCCGCUCAGCGAGAAGCCGAGCAUCAUCAAGCUGGAGCAGGCGUUCGCGGACACGCUGCACCGGCAGUUCCCGACAGUGAACACGCGGCUGACGAUGUCCGCGGGCGCGGUGGAGGCGGCGCGGGCGCUGCUGGGCCCGCGGCGGCUGGCCGAGCCGGGGCUGCAGGCGCAGCUGGCGGGGGCGGCGGCGCGGGAGGCGGCGGCGGCCGCGCGCUGGGAGGACAUGUACCUGCAGCUGGUGCACCAGGUGGUGGCGGUGGCGGAGGCGCCGGGCGUGACGUGGCGCCGGCUCGAGCUGGCCAUGCAGAUGCUGACGCUGUGCCCGUCCGUGCAGACGCCGUACCCGGCCCGCGCCGUGCGCCUCGUGGUGCGCUCGCUGCUGCACGACGACAUCGCCGUGCGCCGCUCCGCGCAGCGCCUCACGCAGUACGCCCUCAAGCAGCGCAAACGACCGCUCAAAAAGAUUAAGGUGGACCCGUACGAGGUGGCGGGCGUGCCGCGGCCCGAGCGGCGCGUGCCCGGCUAUCGGCCGGAUCUCGAGUGGGCGAUCUGGGCCGAGGACUCCACGCCGCAAACCGACGAGGAGUGGGACCGCCCGUGGCUGCGGAACCCCUGCGUCGGCUUCUACGCGUGGCCGGAACGGAUCGAGGUCGCCGCCCCGAUGCGCGAGCAGUCCUUCGCUCUCGACCUCGACCCGGAGGACAUGGAGGAGGGCGAGCGGUACAUCUACGAGUUCUUCGUCGACGAGGCGAACGUCGAGCGCCUCGUGCGCUUCCUCACCGUCGAGGAAAAGAAGGGCAAGGACAAGUUCAGCGGCGUCCGGUUCGCAAUGUUCCGCAUGCUGUUCGCGCAGUUCGGCGAGCGCGUGAUGGACCGGCUGGUGGCGCACGCGCUGCGCUGCGCCGCGGACCCGCAGGAGGCGCCGCAGCGCUUCGCGGCCGAGGUGGCGGCGGCCGCGCUGCGGGCGCCGCGCUACUGGCCGCGGGCCCGCGCGCUGGCCGCGCACGCCGCCGCGCUGGGCGUGCUGCGCGCCGGGCUGGCCGCCGUCACGCCCGAGACCAUGGAGGACUGGGGCACGUGCCUGGCCACCGGCGUGGAGAAGCUGGACCCGCGGCGCGGCGCCGCCACGCUGCAGGCGCUGCUGGCGCUGUGCGCGCCCGCCGCGCGCGCCGCGGCCGAGCCCGACCAGCACACGUCCUUCGUGGUGUGCGCGCGCCUCUACGCGCUGCAGGGUGCGCUGGGCUCGCUCACGUGGCGCGCCGCGCCCCUGGCCGCCGCGCUGCUGCGCCGCCUCGACGAGGCCGACUACAUCCAGCACCCCUACCAGAACGUGCGCGAGACCGUCGGGAGCAUCCUCAUGACGAUCUUCGACACGGAGCUCGUGUUCCCGGGCGGCGAGCGCGGCGGCGCGCCGAGCCUCCGAGAGUUCCUGGACGCCGUGCGGCCGCGCCUCGCCGCGCUCUACGACGAAAACGGCGACAUCGUCGUCAAGACGGCGACGUCGUCGGCGCCGGCCGCCGCGCCGCGCGCCGCCCCGCCCGCCGCGUGCGCCUCGCCCGACGAGCGGCCGGCGCUGGUGGGCCGCGUGCCGCAGCACGUGCAGGUGGCCGUGGCGCGGCUGUCGCCGGAGGCGCCGGGCGCGGACGAGGCGGCGCCGGGCGAGGCGGGCGGCGCGGCGGCGCGGGCUCUGGGCCGCCAGCUGGCCGCGCGGCUGGACGACGCGCUGCGCCUGGCCGGGGACUGCUCGGCGCCGCGCGCCGCCGAGCAUGCGCGCGCCGUCAGCCUGCUGACCACGGUGCUGCGCGGCUGCAUGGGCGUCAUCGUGCGCGGCGUCAACGGCGGCACGGAGGCGCAGUACUCGCUGGUGCCGCUGGCGUGCGCGCUGGCGGCGCGCGGCCCGCCGCAGCCGCACGACGAGCUGCCGCGGGCCGCCGACGGCUUCCUCGCGAGCCUGGCGCGCCACCACCACUCGGGCGACAACUUCGACGCCGCGCUCGCCGUGCUCGAGGAGCUCGCGACGGGCCGCUCGUGGUGGGCGCGGCUCGCGUGCCUGGACUUCGCGCAGCCGCUGCUGUUCUACGGGCUGCCGAUGCUGUUCGAGCGCGCCCCGCGCGCGGAGCGGGCCGAGCGCUUCGCGCUGCAGCUGAUGCGGGACCCGCGCGUGGAGGUCCGCGCCGCGGCCGCCAAGCUGCUGACGGGGCUGAUGCACUGCCGCGCGCUGCCCGACGAGCGCCGCACGCUGCGCACGCUGACGCGCAGCUGCCGCGCGCCCGAGCCCGUGGAGCGGCACUGCGGCGUGCUGGGGCUGUGCGCCUACCUCACGUCGCGGCCCUACAGCCUGGGCCCGGCGCUGGGCGCGGUGCUGGCGGAGCUGGCGCGGCACACGAGCGCGCCCGACCCGGUGCCCGCCACCAUCCGCGCGGCGCUGGCCGAGUUCCGGCGCACGCACCACGACGACUGGCCGCGCCACCGCGACAACCUCAGCGAGGACGAGCUCGACCUGCUCGCCGACCUCACCGCGCCGCCCACCUACUGCGCCUGAACACCGACAGGUGCACGCGAAACUAGCUCAAAGACCUUUUUUAUCGACUAAUAGCGACAUGUAUGAUUAUUGCCAUACGCAAAUAAGUAGUUUACGUUAGACGGUUUACAAAAGCUAUCAGUGAGAUAAGUGUUUAAUUUCAUUUAUUUUCUUGUUUUCGACUGCUGUAUGUGAGCGAUUAUAACAAAGAAUGUUAAAAUUUGCAAGAGGUACAAGUACCGCACGUGCAGUUGUAUUGUUAGAACGAUUACAUUACGUCAUAACACGGUGAUGGCUCAAAAUUUUGUGCUCAGGGUGCUGGAGGUUUGGUGUAUUUCUAAGACGUGUUCUAUGACACAGGACUACCUCAGGAAGUUUUCUAUACACAUAGUUAGUAUUGGAUAUUUUAAUGCAAUCAGACUGAUUAGCAUAAAAUAUUGUCUGAGUUAGUCCUGUGGUUGGUUAUAGCCAGUUAUAUAAUUGUUGAAUUAUUUCAUAGUGAUUUUUUUAUUUAGGGCUCCAUGAAUCCCUUGUAAAUUUUGUUUGUGUUCUAAUAACACAUCUGUUGCUCUUGAUUUAUAUUGUUAUUAGAAUUGUAUUUGAAAGUAAUUAAUUUUGUAAAUAUACUUUGUACACAAGAAAACUGGAUUGUUACCAUACUGCAACUCCUAAUGCUUAUAACAAUAGUUAUGUAUAAAAAUGACACCUAAACAAUAUAGAUUUGAUAAUGGGACAAUGUUUAAUCUGUAAAUACUAUGUAUAAAUGUGUAAUCAUUUUUCUAGGCUUUUAAUAUAACUAUCAUGAGAA